AUGGCGCUAUUGGGUCGUAACACACUAGCCAGUAAUAACCAAACAAUCCAUGCAGUUAUCUGCGAGCAGUCAGUGCUUACCCAUUUUAUCAACGUCGAUGUCAGUCUUCCAUUGGUCAAUGUGGAGCUUGUUCCAGUUAUCCUCGUAUCACAUGACUAUCUGACAAAUUACGUCCAGGGUGGCACUAUCCAGCACACUCCAAUCCCAUCUACCCGUCGCCUUAUCAAAUGGUCGCUGCCUCCUCCAUCUGUUGCUCUUGUAGCUCUUCCUGGAUGGAAACCGAUGCCCUAUGGAUUGGAGACGUUCUGGCAGAGCGCCUUUCGUUGGUUUUUUCAGCCUUUCUUGGCAUUCCAUGGACAUCUUUGGACACUGGAGCCCACAGAACUUCCUCCGCUGUCUAUCGAAUGGCCAUGGCAUUCUGCAACUUACUUCGCUAAAGUUCGAUUCCAG